AUGCUACUAAAUGGAGAGAAUAAUGCAAUAAAGCAAGAAAAUUCAGAAUCUGAUGAACAAGAUAACGGAUUAAUCAAUCAAGGAGACAUGGAAAAGCUGAAACUAGAAGGACAAACAAGUUCUGAAACUGAGGUCUUCGGCUUAUCAAGAAAACACCCGGUAUCUGAUGAAGCCUCCCAUCAACAUCCAAAUCAAAGCAACCCCACAAAACUUUAUUGGCCAGCUGAAAUCCUUACUGAAAUUCUCUCAAGGCUUCCCGUUAAAUCUCUCUUGCGAUUCAAGUCUGUUUUAAAAUCUUGGAGUUCUUUGAUUUCUAGCCCUGAGUUUACCAAAUAUCAUCUAACUUUAUCAGCUAAUAAGAACAAAGACUAUACUAACCAUAGUGUUAUGUGGAGGAUAGCCCAACCAGAAUUCAACCUUAAGGAAUGUCCUAUUAUGGAGGAAACUAACUUGGAUUAUCACAUGAAAAACUCUGGUAUAUCUUGUGUGAUUGAGGGUUCUGUCAAUGGAUUGAUUUUUCUUGUCAAUGAGGCAAAAGAAUUGUCUUUAUGGAACCCAGCAUUAAGAAAGUAUAAGAAGUUGCCUGAUUUUAGAACUAAAUCGAAGGAUGAUGCUCAUUGCACAUAUGGUUUUGGAUAUGAUGAUAUUCAUGAUGAUUAUAAGGUACUGUGUAGUUUUUCUAUUACUCGCUAUCCACGUAACUUUCAAGAGAUCAAUAUCUAUAGCCUAAAGGACAAUUCUUGGCGAACAAUACAUUGUUCUCAGAGAGUGACGCGGUUAAUUGGUCCAGUGAUAAGGAGGUUCGCCGGUAUCGGAAGAAAGGAAAGAGGAGGGGCAGCGCUAUUUGGGCUUCACCGGCAAACGAUUCCGGUUAGAUGUAGCCCUUCCAUAGCGCGACAAGGGCGGGAGAAGGAGAAAGGACAGCGGCAGUGA